GGAAUAUUCGGCAUAAUCCCACGUUAGAAGCCCUAGUUCUUCCUUGCGUGAUGCGAUGAUAUUGCGACGACCAUGAAGGCCUUGCUCCUCUCGAUAGCGGCGAUCUUCUUCCUCUUGCAUGGAGCGGCAGCUAGAAUCGGCAUCGGCGACGAAGCGCGGGUAGGGAAUUUCAGAGAUUUCUUCGGCAGCGCAGCGGCCGAUCCAGCCGAUGGAGCCGAGGCAGGGAUUCUCGUCACGCUCUCCGAGAUGGGGAUCAGCUACGUCCGCGAGGUUCUCGUCGAGAGCGUGCUCCAGGAUUUGACGCCGCUCAAUCUGCCGAAUGUGAAGCGGAGGGUGGAGUGGCCGAUUGGAAUUGUGGAUGUGGAGCUCAAGAACAUCGUCAUUGUUUAUGCCAACGUAUCGUCAUCGAAUGUAGAUCUCGGGAACACAGGGAUCUGGUUCAAUGCUUCAGGGGUCGAGACCAAAGUCUCGCUGGAUUGGAAGUACACUUACACGGCAUCACUGAUUCCAUUUCCCAUCUCUGAUAGUGGCACCGCGACUGCAAAGGUGAACGAUGGAGACGCAUGGUUGCAAGCUACAAUGCAACAAAAGAAUGGAACACUGUCCAUUCAGGUGACCGAGUGUAACACCGACUUAUCGUCACUAGAUUUGGAGCUGCAAGGCGGACAGUCGUGGCUCUACCAAUGGUUCGUUUAUGCGUUCAAAGGACAAAUACAAAAAUCUGUCGAGUCUGCGCUUACGACACAGGUUCUCGCCGCUGUGAGUCGGCUAAAUCGUUUGCUGCUCAGCUUGCCCAGGCAGCUCCAAGUGGACACCACUUCAGCCGUUGAUGUCACGGUUGUCGACGAUCCAAUUCUCAACCAAAACUAUAUCAGCGUCGGGGUGAUGGGGGAGUUUGUAGAUAUCGCUUCCCCCAGCGAAAGAAAGCACCCUCCAAAGAAGCUGCCAGCCGGAUUAUUAUGCAUUGAUUCAGAUGUGAAGAUGAUCACUGUGGCUCUUGGAGACUACGUUAUUACCUCCGCGUCGGACGUGUACUAUAAAGCAGGACGAUUAGAGAGGGUCGUGGAUAGACUUCCACAGCAGUCCCUCCUCAAUACUGCAAGUUGGAGAUUUCUGAUUCCGCAGCUGUAUCGCAAGUUCCCAAACGAUGAUAUGUUACUCAACCUUUCUGCUGCUUCUGCCCCCCGGGUUUCUUUUUCAAGGGAUGGGAUUCGUGCGACCACUACGGCUGACAUGACAAUAGAGGUGGUGGACAACAACGAGAUUAUUCCAGUAGCUUGCAUAAGUCUGGAAGUUACGCUACAUGCUUUGGCCGAGAUUGUUGGCACUAACAUCACUGGCGAGGCCUCACUUUUGGACUUGAGCCUGGACCUCAAGUGGAGUACUAUAGGCACUUUUCCAGUAAAGUUCGUCGAGGUAGCGACGAGAACCAUCCUCAAAGACGUGAUUCUACCACUGGUGAACUACAAUCUCAAGAAAGGUUUCCCGCUGCCCGUCAUUCCAGCGAUCGAGUUCCAAGAAGCAACCAUUAGAUACGAAGACGAUUUCCUGCUAAUCUGUACAGACAUCCGCUACACAGGCCUUCCGCUCCCUCCUCCCGUCGCUCCUUCGUGGUCCACCAUCUAAAGAGAUAAAAUCUGUAGCAUAUUCCCCGCGGUUUACGAAAAAGCGGGGCGUCUGUUUCCAUCCCUGUCUGUCAAGCGAGACAAAAAUGUUGAAAUGGAGCCUCUGACAGAUUGCUCAGCCGCGGUACGUCGACAUUCUCGGCGUAUAUAACUUGUGGUGUGUACAGGAUCAUAGGAGAGAAAUAAGUGAGCGUUGGGACGGUCCAUUUCUCCAUUCGUCGCGGUGAGUACCUUUCAUAGUUUUUGGUUGCGGUGGCUCCACAAGUUUUUGUGAAGAAGAGACAAGCGAGCCGUGCUACUUGUCGUCAAACUCGAGAUCAAGCCGAGCUCUUAUCUUCAAACUCGAGAUCAUCGUGAGGUCUUUAGACAAAAAAAAAUUGGCGAGAAGAGUUUGAUUACAUGCGACAGGACUUAAGAACAAGCAGCACACGCAUUUACGUUUGUGCCCCACUCUAAAAGACUGAGGUGGUAUCGGUUGGUUGUUUUGGCCAGAUUUUUUUUGCGCGUCACUUGCUCUGGGCUGGAUUGGAUCAUCCUUGCAAUCGCCCUCCAAACCCACUGGAGUUUCUCUCACUCUCUAAAAAUUUGAGAAAGCUGCCAGUCACCCACUGGGAUGUUCUGUCAUUACUAUAUUUUCCAGGCAAAGAUCAUACGAAUCAUAGUUUCCUAUAUUGUCAAUAUCACGAUCAAGGCUAUAAUUUUGAGCUUUCAAAACAA